AAUUCCAAUGCAAUUGCCAAGUCGGCUGAAGGAAAAUAAUUUAUCGUCCGCUGUAGCAGAAUUAGGGUUAAAGUUGUCUACUUUGCUUCGUGAAUCGAAUUCGACGGAGUUGCUCCGAUUCAUUCGGUCGUAUAUUUGACCUUUCGAUUGUGAAUUCCGAGAAGUUCGUUUUUUGUCAGGGAAUUUGGGUUGGUAGGAUUAGAUGGAUCUGGAAACAGAGAACAGAAUAGCUGCAAUUCUAAUGAAAGAAGCAGCAGAAUUGCGGCGGCAAGCCGAGAAGGAAGGUGUGCAUGUUUAUCUUCAGAAACCAAAUGUUAGGGCUCGGCCGAAUUCGCGGUUUCUUACCGCUACUGUUCUUGGUGUACAACAAUCAAAUCGAGCUGUUGAAGUGAAUGAGAUGUGGCGAACACGGCAGAAAGAGCUCGAACUCGAUGACAGACUUAAGGGCAAGUUGAAGGAAGAGAGCAGCAGCGGCAGCAAGAACCAUAGGGAGAGUAAUUCCUCAAGAAGCACAAACAAGAGGCACAGUGUAGCUAAUGACAGUGCUAAUGCUUCUUGCUCCUCAAGCAAAAGGGCCUACAGUUCCCAUUCAAGAGAAGAUGAUGGUUUGAGAGAUGAAGAACUUGAAGAAUUUUUACACUCAAGGGCCAAGCGUGGCAGAGGUGCUGUUGGAUCAAGGAUGGAUGAAACUGGUCCUUAUCUUCCCUGUUGUCCAGAAUCCACCGAAGAGCAGCCAACAAGCUCAGAUAUAAUAGAACACCGUGCUGUCUAUGGGCCAGAGAAACCCAAUUCGCUGAAGUCAUGUAAGUACUCAGAAGAGGAUGAUGAGGAUGAUGAUGAUGAUAUGCGAAAGAAGCGAAAGAAAGUUCACUCAAGGGGGUCAAAGAAGCAGCAAUCUGAUAAGAAAAGAUCCAAGGAUAAAUCUAAAGAUAAGAAAAAGAAGAGAAAGGAAAAACGAAAAUAUUACAAAUAAGCGAUUUGUUAUGUAUGGGCAAGAAUGAAGAUAUCUAGAGAUAGGUGGUAUUUGGUCCACCUUUCACUGUCAAUUUGGCAAUAAACAUAGACCAGUUCACUCACACCAUUCUGUAAUUCUAAAUACAAAAUCUUUUCUUUCAUCUUUAA